AGUCGCUCGAGCGGCGACGGGGUCUGGGGGCUGUCGGAGGCACUUGGGAGAGCCCUCCGCCUCAGCAGCCUGUCAGGGGCCACCGUCUGGAGUCUCUGCCUGGCGCAUCCCAAGGUUUCCUGGGCCAUGGAGAAUUCUUUAGAUACCUCUGGAAGGGAAGAAGGCGGUGACACUGUGUCACAGCGGGACAGAGUGGUGACGGAAGAAGAAUGGAUGAAGAAGUGGCAGUUGAGAAACAUAGGAUUUCAUAAUGAACAAGGACAUCUACUUCUAAAGAAAUAUCUGGAUAUUUUUCUCAAUGGCAGAAGUGGACUGAAGAUAUUUUUUCCACUUUGUGGCAAAGCUGUUGAGAUGAAAUGGUUAGCUGACAUGGGGCACCAUAUAGUUGGUGUAGAAAUCAGCGAAACUGCUCUGAAGGAAUUUUUCACAGACCAAAAUCUAUCCUAUUCUGAAGAAACAGUUCCAGGGAUCCCUGGAGCUAAAUUAAUGAAGAACACAUCUGAGAAUAUUUCUUUGUACUGCUGCAGUAUUUAUGAUUUUACCAGCUCUGUUGCUGGCAAAUUUGAUGCCAUUUGGGACAGGGGGUCUCUAGUAGCAAUUAACCCUCGUGACAGAGAACGCUAUGCCAAUUUGAUGAUAUCACUAAUGAACAAGGGGUGUCGCUAUCUUCUAGUUACCGUUUCAUAUGAUCCAAGCAAGCAUACAGGUCCUCCAUUCUAUGUUCCUGAAUCAGAAGUGAAAAAGUUAUUUGGCCAAUGCUGUGAUAUUAGGCUGCUUGAAAAAAUAGAUGGCUUCACAGAGCGUCAUAGAGCUUGGGGUUUAGAUUAUUUCUGGGAGGUAAUGUACAUGCUCCUGUUAAAAUAACAAGACAACACCCAAGAGAACAACAAUCCUAAAUGGGUCUACUCAGAAUCCUAUUCAUCUACUCAAUGGGCUUAUGCCUAGGAAAGUGUUCUUAGAAUAACCACACUCAGGGGAUGACUACUUGAU